UCAUGUUCUUUGAAUGUUUUUAAUUUAUAAUGGAGGACCAGGUUCUGGUCAGAGUUACCAAGUCCAUGAAAGUUGCUGUGGAAGGAUUAGAAAGCAAAAUAUUUUUAGAUAGGAUAAAGCAAAUUGACUCAGUCGAUGUGACAGAGUACAAGCAUGUUUCGCAAUUAUUCUCCCAGCUGCAAAAGCAAAAACCUUCAAAAUACAAAUACUUUCACGAAUUCUUAGAAGGAAGUGGAAUUUACGAGGAGCCGGUUAAAGAACCAGGAAAGAGCCCUGAACUUCUGGCAAGGUUGGAAAGACUGAAAGCAGAACAAGAAGAAAAGAAGUAUAGGUCAAUGGUGAAGAAUGUAACCCAGAAAAAACGAAACCUAGGAGAAGAAUUUGGUGCUGAAGUGAGGACAACUUCUCAACAGCUGACGUCAGUCAUGAAUUACAUCAUAACCAUUUUGGGAUGUGCAUUUUUUGCUUACUAUGCAUCAGAAUAUGCCUGGAAUGAAAUUGGCAUGCGCAUACUUUUCUCUGUAAUUGUGGGAACAGUUGUGGCAUUGGCAGAACUUUACUUUUUGGCAAAAACAGAGAUCUGAAGUUAGUUCUUUGACGUUUAUUUUUGACAAUAAUUUAUUUUGGAAUGAAAGUGACAAAUGCAAUGACACAUGACUCUGUUUGAAGUUAUCAUCCCAUUGGCUUUCAAUUCACAUUGUAACAGUUCUUGGUAAUAGAAAGCAACAGAGAGCAUGCAAAUUACUUUGUUUUAGAUAAAUGUGAUCUAUUGUGUUGUUGUAUGUUGUUUUGUACAAAUGAGCAUU